GACGGUCUGGCACGACAGCAGUUAACAAACUUAGUCUAAUUUAUUCUGUUUUACUUUAAAAUCAUUAUAGUUAGGCUACUCUAGGCCGCCGCUCGGAAACAGCGGAUAGUCGAGUUUGUGCAGAACCAAGCCUUUUCCCUUCCUUUUUUGUAACGCCCCCCCCCCCCCCCUCUCUCAUGUCGCUGGCAUGAGGCAGUGGCAGUGCUUGAAUAAUUUAUAUAAACAAUUUGGCAGUACACUAGGAAUAGGACACCCGAGAUGGAUAUUGUUGGUCUAGUGAAGAAAUCGUAUGCCGAUUAUGGCACGAUGCUCUGGGACUCAUGGUAUACUAUGAUCACCGAAGAACUGCACUAUACGUGGACGCUCACUUAUUGUUUGGUGUUUGGAACACUGGUAAUCAUAGUGUACUGGUGGCGACAAUCACGUAAAAAACGGCUGGAACGACAGGCGCUGUUGUUGGCCCAGAUGGAGUCAAAGCGCACCUUUGAAUCACCACAACGCUUUAGAAAGAGGGAUAGAAUAAUGUUCUACGGUCGCCGAAUCAUUCGCAAAGUUAGGUCUUACUCUCGAGUGGGCAAAAAACGUAGGCCCGUUAUGCGCUUCUCGAAAAACUUGCUCGAGUCGAACGAGCCUCCCGCAGAAUACCUGGAGGUGGCGUCGGAUGGCAAUGAUCGUGUACCGCCUGAUGCUAUGUAUAUGCUACAAUCGAUUCGCAUAUUCGGCCACUUCGAUACGCCGGUGUUCCUCAAACUGUGCAAACACACCGAGGUGAUCGAUCUUAUGUCCGGCGAGAGUCUCAUCAAAGUGGGCGAUCCGGACGACAGCAUGUACAUUGUGCAGACUGGCCUGGUAACCGUUUAUCUCAACAAUCCGGACUGCUCUGUCAUCACACUGAAGGUGGUGCGCCCUGGCGAAUAUGUAACAUCCCUGCUGAGCUUCAUUGAUGUACUUUUGGGUAACACCAGCCAGUACAAAACGAUUACAGCACGUGCCACGGAACGAUCGCAAGUGAUCCGUUUGCCAAUGUCUGCCUUCAAGCAAGUGUUCGACGAGUAUCCAGACCUUCUGGUGCGCGUUGUACAGGUCAUCAUGGUACGACUGCAACGGGUCACUAUAACAGCUUUGCACAAUUGCCUUGGGCUCAGCACGGAGCAUAUCCAGUGUUCGUCACAACGUAAGAAAAUAGCGCUGAAAACUGAGAUAAAAACCCUCAGCCCUGGCCAUCGCCGGGUGCCGUCCGAUCAGGUGCAAUCGCACUCGCUGGUCGAACUUCGGCCGGAUAUGUUAGCCGAUUUAUCCGACAGUCCACCAGGCGCUCGGCCGUCUUUCGUACCUUCUGAACCAGUUGAGCAAACUGUCUUGAAGGCAGUAGUGGUUGACCGUUUGUUACAGGAACUAGGCCUUAACGAGUCCGAACGCGGAACGAUCGAGAAAAAUGUUUUGAUAAAAGAAGUUGUUCAAGGAACAAUACUUAUUCAGCAAGGCGUGCUAGAGGAUGUGGUGCUGAUUUUCGUCAUCACUGGAGGACUAUGGUUGGCUCAGAUUCCCCAAAAAGAAAUGAAAGAGUUCGACAAAAUGCCAGAUAAUAUUGAAGCACAUUCGAUCACAAUCCAUCCGGGGGAUUUGGUUGGUGGAUUGGCCGUGUUAACCGGCGAGAGCAGUUUGUACACGAUCAAGGCGAAGUAUAAUUCCCGCGUUGCCCUUCUAAACAAGGAAGUAGUUUACGGCAUUAUGCGCCGACGACCUGCGGUAGUGCUGGAUAUAGCAAAAAGCGUCGUGAAACGGCUGUCACCUCUUGUGCGACAAUGUGAUUUUGCACUAGAUUGGAACUUCAUCGAAUCGGGUCGAGCCGUGUAUCGCCAAGCGGAGGAUAGUGAUUGCACUUAUAUUGUACUCAAUGGUCGAUUGCGAUCGGUUGUGACUCAUGAAAGCAGCAAGAAAGAAAUCAUAGGCGAGUUCGGUAAGGGUGAUCUCGUCGGUAUCAUUGAAAUGAUUGCUGAAAAACCGCGUACAACGACUGUGAUGGCCGUGCGGGAUUCGGAGCUAGCCAAGCUACCGGAAGGGCUGUUCAAUGCCAUCAAAAUCAAAUAUCCGGUCGUCGUAACACAACUGAUUCGUCUAUUAAGCCAUCGCUUUCUCGGUUCCGUACAGUCCCGCCCUCUAUCAACUUCAAGUGCUCUCAACUCCCUGCCCUUCGAAACGAACCAACAGAGCCAACACCGCUACUCAACUGUCGCUAUUCUUCCCGCCAGUGACGACGUACCACUGGUAGCGUUCGUUUACGAGCUCUACCAUUCACUCUCAGCGAUAGGCCCGACCGUGCGGCUAAAUAUGGACACAGUCUCAGCAGCACUUGGUCCCAAAUUUGCAGACAAAUCGCACGAGUAUCGUCUUACAAGUUGGUUAAGUCAACAGGAAGAUCAUCACAAUAUUACCUUACUGCAGUGUAAUAACGCUUUGGAUCCAUGGACCCAACGCUGCCUUCGUCAAGCGGAUGUAAUCCUGAUUGUUGCACUCGGUGAUGGGUCACCCACCAUCGGUAAGCUGGAAAAGGAGAUCGAUCGACUAGCUAUAAGAACAGCUAAGGAGCUGGUGCUGUUGCAUUCUGAUUCGCAAGAAGCUCACCCAACCGACACUAUGAGCUGGCUGAACAUGCGCUCUUGGGUAUCACGACAUCAUCAUAUACAGUGUCCGAACGGAAUGCUAACUAGACGGAAUCCGGGAAAAGUCUUUGCAUACUACAGCAAGCAGUUGUCCACUGAACCUUACAUUCAUUCGGACUUUUCGCGUUUGGCCCGUUGGUUGACGGGCAACUCAGUCGGAGUAGUACUGGGCGGUGGAGGUGCGCGAGGUGCUGCCCACGUAGGCAUGGUGAAAGCAAUCUUAGAUGCAGGUAUUCCGAUCGAUAUGGUUGGCGGCGUGAGCAUUGGCGCAUUCAUGGGAGCCCUGUGGUGCAUGGAGAAGAACAUUACCACAAUGACACAAAAAGCGCGCGAGUGGUGCAAGAAAAUGGCAAAUUGGGGUCCCCAGCUGCUGGAUCUCACCUAUCCGAUAACAUCAAUGUUCAAAGGCAGGCAUUUUAACCAAACGAUUCGAAGCACGUUUGGCGAUAUCUGCAUCGAGGAUUUGUGGAUUCCUUAUUUCACAUUGACGACCGACAUAUCAGCCAGCUGUGCACGUGUUCACACCCAUGGUUCAACGUGGCGUUACGUUCGAUCUUCGAUGUCACUGAGUGGAUACAUGCCACCGUUGUGCGAUCCUAAAGACGGACAUCUAUUGCUGGAUGGUGGUUACGUCAAUAACCUGCCAGCCGAUGUAAUGCGAGCUCAAGGCGCAACACACAUUAUCGCGAUAGACGUUGGAUCGCAGGAUGACACCGAUCUGACAGAUUACGGGGAUGAUUUGAACGGAUUCUGGUUGCUGUACAAACGUUGGAAUCCUUUUACUUCUCCGGUGAAGGUGCCUGAUCUACCCGACAUCCAAUCGCGACUGGCCUACGUCUCUUGUGUGCGACAGCUUGAGGAGGUGAAACAGAGCGAUUACUGUGAAUACAUUCGUCCGCCUAUAGACAAGUACAAGACGCUGGCGUUUGGUAGCUUUGAUGAGAUAAAAAACGUUGGUUUCGAACAUGGAAAGGAAUGUAUUGAAGAAAUGAGAAAAGCCGGCAGGCUUUCGCGUUUCAAUGAAUGGUCUGUGCAAAGCGUCCCGAAAAAAGAAACCCAUUCAUUGAAUGAGUAUUCCUUCGUAGAUUUGGCACAGCUGGUAUGUAAAGUACCAGAAACUCAUCCGGAGCGAGUAUACUCAUCCAGCGAGGAAGAUUAUUACGAUGGAUAUGCGUCCGAACCAUCUAGUAAGCCUUCAGUGAAGAAGGGAAUGCAAGCAAAUCGGCCGGCCGGUGGAUCGCUCUCCGAGAACGAAAUCGAUUCUGAUGAACUCGAAAUCCCACGGCCAUUCAUACCUUUUGCGGGAGCACACAAAACAAGAAAUGAUCAGAAACAAUCAUAAGCAUCUAUAGUAAUACAUCAGAUUCGGGUUCCUACGUUAGCGAAAAUUGAUUUGUGCUCAUGUGACUUUGAUGCCAACCUUUGAUGGUGUAUUGAAUUCUUGAUUUAGUCACAUAUUAUCGAAUAUAAUAUUGUUGGCCACUUAGAAGGCAUCGAUAUAUGUUGAAUUCUAUCAACAGAUUUCAAACAAAUGUCUUACAGCUGUUUAAGUUUGUUGGUAUAUUUUAAAUUAAUCUUCUUCAUAUAAACUAUCGGUUUUGAGUAUCCUUCUUUCGAAUUUGUCAGAGAAUCUACGAAGCUGUGAAUUUUGCAAUAAAUAGAUAAUCAUCAAAA